UAUCUCUGGGUUUCCGUCGUUGUCUUUGGGACUGGACGCCGAGUUAGGUGUUUUGCCAGGCAAUCGUACCCGGUACGUAGUCUAAACUCAGCAACGACUUCGAUUCUUGCCCAAUCGGCUAUGUCGGAGAGCGCCACUGUCCACUGUUUCUCCUUUCUUCGAGCUUUAAGUUUCCACUGUCCACUGUUUCUCCUUUGUUCGAGCUUUGACAACGGCUUCGAUUCUCGCCAGCCGGGUAUGUCGGAGAGUGCCACUGUCCACUAUUUCUCCUCUAUUCGGAGAGUGCCACUUGGUCUGGAAUUCUCUCCUGAUUAA